GCCCAUUGCUCUUCAGUCUCCACCAGGCACCAGCACUUCACUCCAAAGCAAAGACAAGAAAUUAACCAAGAACACGCCAUGGCGCCCGCGACGGGCAAGCUUCUCUUCCUCGGCUUCCUCCUCCUCGCGGCAGCCUCGUCGACGCCGGCGGCGGCCACCACGCUGACGCUCCACAACCUGUGCCCGUACCCGGUAUGGCCGCUGGUGACCCCGAACACCGGCUUCCCGUCCAUCUCCGACAACACGGGCCGCCUGGACGGCGGCGGGCGCGGGCUCGUCUCCUUGCGCUUCCCGCCGGGCUUCUGGGCGGGCCGCGUGGUGGCGCGCACGGGCUGCGGCAGCGGCAGCGGCGGCUCCGCGGGGGCCGCGUGCGAGACGGGCGCCUCGCCGCCGGCGACGGUGGUGCAGCUGGCGGUGCACGCGGAGGGCCGGGACCUGGCGGCGUACAGCGUGAGCCUGGUGGACGGGUUCAACGUGCCGGCCGUGGUGAGCCCGCAGGCGGUGGGCGGGGGCCAGUGCCCGGCGCUCGGGUGCGCGGCGGACCUGAACGCCGGGUGCCCCCGCGCGCAGCGCGUGGUCGGGGGCCGGGGGGACGUGGUGGCGUGCAGGGGCCCCGCAGGGUACUUCAAGGAGCGGUGCCCGCUGACGCGCACCACGCCCGCCGACGUGGAGCCCGUGCCGCAGCGGUGCUUCGGCCCCGGCGAGCUCAAGGUCGUCUUCUGCCAGCCCGCCAUGGUGAACGCCGCCGCCGCGGGCGAGACCACCGGGCGCAUCCGCACCGUCGUCGCCGACAACUAGAUCGAGCGAGCAACUAGCUGCGCAGCCAGCCAGGCAGCCGCCGGUGGCCGGAGGGAGGAGGUGGCCGCCUCUGAUUAGUGCGCAAUAAAGGUAGAUUAAGGAGGUAAUUAAGCGUGUUUUAGUGCUGUGAGACCGUGUCAGCGUUCGUGUGUGUGUGGUAGUGCCCGUUGGCUUGGUUGCCAAGUGUCCGGCCGGCCGUGCCGAGUGAAUAAAUGAGCUCAGCACACGCGUGCAUCACGUGUGUUCUUGAGUUUGUGACAGGUGUCAUGA